AUGGAUAGUGGAACACGCGUGCUGGCCAAGCGUAAGAUUCAGGAAUUAGUAGGUCAGAUUGAUCCUGAUGAACGACUUGAACCUGAAGUAGAGGAUAUCUUAUUGGAAAUUGCUGAUGAGUUUAUUGAAUCUGUGACUUCAUUCGCAUGCCGGCUAGCUAAGCAUCGUAAAACAGACACAUUGGAAGUAAAAGACCUUCAGCUUCAUUUAGGUAGAUCAAGGAGAAUUAAAAUAGAUAGGAAGGAAAUUUUCUUAGAAAGGAUAUUGAUGAGGGACGUAUAUACAUAUACAUUUCUGUUUGUUAAAAUAUAG